AUGUCCGUCGCCGAAGCACCCGCAAAUGACGACAGCGACAGCUCCCUUGCCCCCGGAUUCAAAUUCCAACCCACAGACGAGGAGCUCCUCUCUUUCUACCUUCCCCGAAGAAUCGCCAACCAGCCCAUCCCGCUGAACGCGAUCGGCGACAUUGAAAUGUACGGAUUCGAGCCCUGGGAGCUUCCGGGAAAGGCCAUGAUGUCACUUUCUGCUAGUGACGAGUGGUUCUUCUUCGCGUCACGCGACAGAAAGUACCUCAUGGGCACUCGCGCCAACCGGAUGACUUCAGCCGGCUACUGGAAGGCCACGGGGAAAGACCGCCCCGUGUUCGCCGCACGGAAGGAGGAGAACAAGUCUCAAGGCAGCCGGGAUGAGCAUGAGUCGGGUAAUGAUGUCAAAAGCGGGCGCAUAGUCGGGUAUAAGAAGGGCCACGUGUUUUACAAAGGCAGGGCGCCUCACGGGGAGAAGACUGUUUGGGUGAUGCACUACCGCCUCGCAGAGCCUAGUGACGACCCUUUGAUCGGUCUGAAUGUUGCCGUUGCUGCCGCCGUGGAAGCUUCGCAUGGUUUUGCCGCCAGUGGCAGUGAGGGCGGUUCUAAAAAUGCAGCAGCGCCAGGACGAACGAUGUCAUCGGCAGCGCAGCGACAGAAGCAGCAGCAGCAGCAGCAGCAGCAGCAUCUCCAGCUGCUGCAGCAGGGGACAACCACUUGGGUGGUGAUUCGUCUCUACAAACGCGACGCGAUCCCGUUUCAGGGCGACGGGGCGAAGCGAAUCAAGCUGAGCAGCCUGGCUCCAUCAUUGCACCACGCCAAGUCGGUGUCGCUGCCAUCGUCCCCACAGGAGCUCGCAUCAGCAGCCUCUUUCGACGAUGGCGUAGACGAGGAAUCCGCGGAGGAUGACGUGACUGCUGUCGUGAGUGAUGCGGAAGUAGUGUAUGACGAGGAAUCUCUGAACGCGGAUCUGCCAAUUGUGGGGCGGGUGACCAACACGAGCACUGACAUCGUCGGCGCCGAGCAUGGUACAUUCUCUGGAGACGGGGGGGAAAACAGUGGAGUGAAAUGUGCAGGGAAUGAGGAUAAAGUCGGGCUGACUGUUGACAGCGGUGGUCCAGGGAGCAUUCCUGUCCGCGCCCUCCAUUCCCUUGCCAUCCAUGCCCUCCUUCACUCAGUCCCUGUCAUCCACCACUUCUCCUGGAUUAAUAAGCCAGCCAAUACUUGA